GUUCAUUUCGGUAGCUUUGAUGAUUGUUUUGUAUAUCAUCAGAUUGAAACGUUGUCAGACUAAUGUUUGUUAAAAUGGAUGUUGCUAAGGUCAGCUGUAGCGUUGCGCAUUAUGAAUUUGAUAUAUGUUAUUAUUUUUCCAAUGACACUGGUUUGAAGAUAAUGCUUUAGUUCAACGACUAAGCCAAAUACACACAAACUUCUUUUUAGGUUAAUGGAUGACACUCUAAAUAAUCAUUGCAGUAAAUUGCCUAGUUUUUGUCAUUUCACAGAAGAUGAAUGUGGAGGAUCAUCAGGCGAUUCAUCUUCUGACGAUGAAACUAUCUUAGAUAAAGAGACCACGGAAGGUCAAAAAAUUGAACAGCAGUCUACUCAACCAUCACUAGGACUAGUUGACGAGGAAAAUAUUCUCAUACUUCCCCCAGAAGACGAUGGCGAGAAAACUGACAGCGAUGUUGAUUCACACAAAAUUCAUUCGGAAUCAAAAAAAUCUUCCUGUUUGUUCUUCGUUUAGAUUUGCGAAUAUUAAUAAUUUUUAUUAGCUGAUUCUCAUAUUAAGAAUAAAACGCUCCAUGAGUCAGCGGCAGGAGUCAGUAGACAAGCUUCCAAGAAACGCAAAAAGAAGCGGUAAUGAAUUUGCUGAUUUUCUUACAAUAGAUCUCUUGUAUAGACAACUGACAGUAAAUCUUUCGAAUUGCAAGUAUGAAUCAGUUCGCAGGGUUUUGAAAAGAUAUGGCUUUCGAGAAACAGAAGAUGAUGAAGAUUGGUGUCUUUAUUGGACCGACUACUCUGUUAAUAUAGAUAGGGUCUUGGUUAUGAAACAGUGGCAGAAGAUAAAUCACUUUCCUGGAAUGUCAGAAAUAUGUCGCAAAGACAGUCUAGCACGUAAUUUAAACCGAAUGGUCAGACUGUUUCCUAAAGAUUAUAACAUCUUUCCCAAAUCUUGGUGUCUUCCAUCUGAUUGGAAUGAUAUACAAAAUUAUGCAAGAAAACACAAAAGUAAAACGUAUAUUUUAAAGCCAGAUAAUGGAUGUCAAGGUCGUGGUAUUUAUAUCACUAAAAAUGCUAAAGAUAUUCGACCAUUGGAAAAUAUGAUUUGUCAAGUGUAUAUAUCCAAGCCUUUUCUUAUUGAUGGAUACAAAUUUGAUAUGAGGAUAUAUGUUCUGCUGACUUCGUGUGAUCCACUGCGUUUAUUUGUAUUUAAAGAUGGUUUAGUCCGCUUUACUACAUGUUCAUAUGCUGAACCAAAUCAACGUAAUGUACAUGAUAUGUAUAUGCAUUUAACUAAUUAUGCUGUACAAAAGCAUAGUGACAGUUAUAUUAGAGAUAAUGAAGAAGGCGGUACAAAACGGCGUAUUACAACACUCAAUCGAUGGUUUACAGAUAAUGGUUAUGAUGUUAAGAAAAUUUGGGAUGAUAUAGAUGAUGUAAUCAUUAAGACAGUACUAUCUGGUUAUGCUAUAAUUAAACAUAAUUAUAGAACAUGCUUUCCAAAUCAUAUACAAACUUCAGCUUGUUUUGAAAUUCUUGGUUUUGAUAUAAUGUUCAGUCAUAGACUGAAGCCGUAUGUACUAGAAGUGAAUCAUUCACCUAGUUUCACAACAGACAGUAAAUUAGACAAAGAAAUUAAAGAGGCUGUGCUAUGGGAUGCUGUACAACUUGCACAUUUUACAGCAAUUAGUAAGAAAAAGUGUUGCGAUGAAGAAAGAAAGCGUAUUCGAAAUCGUUUGUUACAUAAGAAUGGAGAUAAAGAACAUAGACAUUCAAUCGAAAAGGAGAUUGAAAGAUAUCAAGCACUGAGUGAAAAAUAUGAAAAUUCUCACAUGGGUAAUUUUCGUCUAAUUUAUCCAUCAUCUGAUAUGGAGAAGUAUACACCAUUUCUUAAUCCAACUGCAACAUUUUAUCAAGAGACAGUAACAUACAAAGUGAGAAGUGAAUGUGCAAGACAACUCAGAGAAGAAAUACGCAUGAAACAAGAAAAACUAGACAUAAUUACAAAUAAGCAUAAAGCAAGUCAAUCUGAAAGUCCAGCGCCUAAACGAUUGAAAAUUAAAACAAAUGCCUCACUGUCAAGGGGAAUCAAAUCAGGUCACAAACAUGAUGUAAUUAAUGACCCUAAUCACCAGUUGAUCCAUAUCAAUCAAGAUCAAUUUGUAACUAGUAAAGGAGAUAUACGAAACUCGGAAUUGUACAGCCAACAAAUGGAUAAAGUAGAGGAAGAAGAGCUCAAAUAUCCUACCACUGAAUGUAUAAAUAUGCCAAUAGGCAAUGAAGAUAAUCAUAUAUUGCUUAAUACUCUAUUAGAUAAUAAAGAUGUUUAUUUCAUUGAUACUAAAUUACCUCAGCCUAUAUUUGAUCAUGAAGAAAAUGAACGGAAGAAUGAAUUAAAAAAGCGUGAAAGUCUAAUGCAUAAAAUUGGUUUAAUUUCAAUGUUGAAUGAAGUAUUUACACAAUGUGCACAAAUGUAUCCUGAAAAUUCAAGCAAUCAGAUGAAUAAAAAGUUUACAGCUUUCAAUAAUCAUGAAGAUGACAAAAAGGAGAGAGUUUUGAAUGUUUUAAAGCCAACAGCAGCAUGGAAAAACCGUACACAAUUAUUACGAAGGCAAGGAUUUUGGAUUAGAAAUCAACAACACGAAAAUUCUGCUCAGAUUCAAAAACAAUGCACAAAGAUACAACACCAUUGCCUACAUUAGCUAAUAAUAAUAUGAUAACAUAUCAUCAACAUCAUCAACAUAAUAAUACAAGUACUAGUCCUCAUUUAAUUAUCAAUCGUUUAAUGCCUGCUGUUACAUCAGUCAAAUUAAAUCGUGUAAUCCGACGUAGUGCAAAUCAAGAACACCAUAGAACACCUGUUCAAUGAAUUAUGUAUGGAUGAAUGAACAAAAUGCUGAUUAAUACUAAUUGAAUUCAAGCAUAUGUGUAAAUAAAACUAUUCUAACUAAUAUCAAAUGAAUCUCUCGGGUAAAUCAAAACCAGUGUGUGUGUGUGUGUUAGUGCAAGUUGCAAGUACUUACAACGAAUCUAGUUUAAAAAAAACUAUCACUGAAACACAAAGUGAUAGAUACCUAUAAGACAUUAUGUUCUUAUUUAAUCAAAAUUUCAAUAUUCCCUGUGAAUAAAUAUUCUUUGGUUGAAUUACAAAAGCAAAAAGGCAGAAAGAAAAGAAAUUUCACUCCAUCUGUUAUUAUUGCUUUUUUUAAAAAAACUAUAUCUAAAAUCCAAAAUUUGGAUUUUCUUUUUCAGUUUUCCAUUGUUUCGUGUUUUUAUUGAUUUAAUUUUAACAGUUUUUUGUUCAAUGAACCAAGAAUACUAACCCUACUUACUUAUUUAGUAUGCAUUAAUCCUUUUUGAGUUUUGGAAUCCUUAAAGAACACAGCCAUACCCUACGAGUCAGAGGGAUAUAUAUAUAUAUAUAUAUUCAGCUGUUUUCACGACAGCUUUCUUCACAUACUUGUAUUCAAUAUUGGUUCAAUUGAUUCAGU